AUGGGUGAUAGUACACCAUCCACUUCUGCGCCAGUGACAUCAGGAGCGCUGAAAACGAAAAUCUCCCUAAAAACCAGUCAAAUCGUCACGCCAUUUCACACUUUCAAGCCAGAACUUCCUGGAAAAUCAGAAAUUCAAGGAAGUUAUGAUCUUUUAGCUGCAUAUGAUCUCGGUGGUGUUUAUGAGUAAGUUUUAUUCUAUAAAAUUUAUAUCGAAAUUAUUUGUUUUCAGACGGUUUUGUAGUCCUCGUCGAAUUCAAGAAGAUCUUUCCUCAUUUCUUCCGCAUCUUUAUGGAAAUUUCAAUUUUUCUGCAUCACAAGAUUCAAGUUCGCUGAAAAGUUUAGUUGAUAAACCGCCAAUUCAUAAAGAGAUCACACAUUUAACAAGUUCCGCAAUGCAAGCAUUUCGAUUGAGUACAGGACCAGUUGAUGAAAGAUAUCGACAUCUUUUCGAAAAACGUAGAGAUGGCACAGAUAAUCAAUUGAUUUAUGAUGAAAAGAGGGAUGUUAUUCGAGUGAAAUCAACGUUGGAACCAUUGAGAACUGCAAAAGAAGCGAGUGAAGAAGUAUACAGGAAGAAGCAUAAGAAAAAGAAGAGCAAGAAAGAGAAAAAGAAGAAACGUGAUGAAGAAUCACAUCCAGGAGAAGGAAUCAAUCCACAUUCUAUGGAAUUUUGA